CCCACUUGAAGGUGAGAUGGGCUUUAGUGCACUCGCAGGUAUGACAGCAAACGAGGAGAUCGUUGGAUCCUGUUCAAGGCAGUCUGCAUCUUGACACACACACACACACACACACACACACAGGUUACGAAUCUACGCGGACGAGCACAUUGGACGGAUCUUGACCCAGCGCCGUCGAAAGAGGAUCAAAAGAAGAGAAGCAUGAAGUUGGAGGUGUUGUGCGGGAACCAUUAUGACACGAAACAUUUCGAGGGGUCCAGUGAUGCAGAGGGGGCGAGCGGGCGCUCGUCCCUUUCUGCUGAGGAGGAACUGGGCUCGGAUGGGGACUGCGUGGCGCACAGCCCUGCACCUGUCGCCCCGUGCGUCGGCGGCAAGUCGAAGCCGUACACACGGAGACCCAAGCCGCCGUUCUCCUACAUCGCUCUCAUCGCCAUGGCCAUCCGGGACUCCCAGUGCGGUCGUCUGACUCUGGCGGAAAUAAACGAGUAUCUCAUGACCAAGUUCCCGUUCUUCCGGGGCAGCUACACCGGCUGGAGGAACUCGGUGCGCCACAACCUGUCGCUGAACGACUGCUUCCUCAAGGUGCUGCGGGACCCGUCGCGACCCUGGGGGAAGGACAACUACUGGAUGCUCAACCCGCACAGCGAAUACACGUUCGCCGACGGCGUGUUCCGGCGCAGGAGAAAGCGCAUCGGCAAGAAGUGCAGCGCGGAGCGCGCGGCGGCGGCGGCGGAGGAGGAGGAGGAGGAGGAGCCGCGGAGCAUCGCGCAGUCCGCUGCCGCCGUCAAGAGUGAGCCGUGUACCAAGUUCACCAGUCCGUUCGCCAUAGACAGCAUCCUCAGCAGGCCCUUCAAGAGAGACUCCGGCAGAGAACCUGUCCCGCUCUUCCCCGCGUUCACUUGGCCACGAUACACUGAACUGACGACGGCUCGUUCGAAUGCACCUGCCUCGUUCCCAUGCGUCAGGGCGCCGCACCACGUGGGCUCCGUCCCGCGCGUGUCACACGACGACUACGGCGCUGGGCUGAGUUCACACGCGGUCGUGCAGCACCAGCAAUAAUCUUUCAACCGUUUUAUAUGAUGACUUAAAUCAUCAAGGUGCACUGAUGAUGAUGAUGAUGAUGAUGAUGGUGGCGAUGAUGACGACGACGACGAAACACUGGAGGGAAAGGGACAAAAACACCAAGGACAAAAACUUUUCCCAAUUGUAUUGAUAUUACAUUGGAUUGGAUAGUAUUGUGUGUUACACUUGUGUAUGUACCUCUGGUCAUUUCCCAUUAUCAUAUUUGAUUUUUAUACACGUGUCUGUUGUGAAUGUUAUCCGAGUUACUGAUUUGCUUUUCAUUCAAUAAACGUUUCGCGAAAAAAUA